AAUUGACUCGAGUUGCUCUUUAAACGUUGAAGGUUGCAGACCGCUGCAACAUUUAAAAACAAAAUCUGGACAUUUCUUUUUUAUUUUGAAGGAAUUGCAUUUCCGACAUUGAAAUUAGUCUUUAUUUUGAAGGAAUUGGCUUUCCGGUGUCGUCGUAGUUUUUGCCAGCUAGCCAGACGGAUCCUCCUUUCCUCAGAACUUGUAGAAAAAACUCACUUCCACCUCCAAAAUGGAGGAGCUAGGAGGAUACCCCACCAAGUCCUCCAUCCGUAAAGCAAAAAUGUUUAGAGUUUUGUUGAGCAUGACAGUCGGAGCAGGGUGUUUAUUCCUUCUACAUACCCAGCUAAUAAAACCCAGAAAACCCAGCGAUUUUUAUUCUUUCGAGGUCAAAGACGCCAAAGGGAGGACGGUUUCCCUGGAGAAGUACCGAGGAAAAGCGUCGCUGGUUGUAAACGUGGCGAGUCACUGCGAGCACACGGAGGCGAACUUCAGGUUCCUGCAGGAGCUCCACCGGGAGCUGGGCACCUCUCACUUCAACGUCCUGGCCUUCCCGUGCGGCCAGUUCGGGAAGACAGAACUGGGCCUGAGUCGGGACAUCGAGGCGUUCGCCAGGAACACCUACGGCCUCACCUUCCCGUUCUUCAGCAAGAUCAAAACUUUUGGUUCGGAAGCGGAACCCGCCUUCAAAUUCCUCACAGAUUCUGUGCAAAAAUUUCCCAAAUGGAAUUUCUGGAAGUUUCUGGUUGAUCCAGAAGGCAAAGUCGUCCGGUUCUGGAGAACAGACGAGCCCACGGAGAGCAUUCGACAAGAAGCCGUAUCGCUGGUCCGACAGAUCAUCCUAAAGAAACGAGCGGAGCUAUGAUGGAUCUCAAACUGGACUGCUGCCUCCUGACGGUUUAGGUUUCUGACUGUCAGGAGUAAUCGACCUGUAGCAGUGAGUGAGAUGAGGAGAUGAGCCAUCCAGUCAACGCUCAGGAUUAGCCACUAAUGUCAGCUGCAGGCGAGAGGCUGGACAGAGAGGGAAUGAAACCAGGUCGUCACUGCAGCUCAAUGAAUCAUUCCUGUUUGAAAAGUUUACCUGUUACAUUUCUCUUUUAUUUUCCAAAGUUUACAUUAAAAUCUCUUUCUCAUGAUGACA